AUGACAGUGGCGCUCAUUGAUGGGAAAGUGCGAACCUUCGAGGUCGCGCAACAUCGUGAUCCAAUGGAGGAGGCACAGCAGCUGUUGAGGGAAUAUGGGCAGCAAAAGCAUAACUUACUAAUGGAGCUGAGCAACUACGAACACGAGGAGAACAUGUCGAAGGAGGAGAAGGAGAAUGAGAAUCGAAUCCCGGUAGGCGUGACCCGAUCGCUGCCUCGAUUCUCGCGAUUCGCGCUGAUUCCCGCCGAGGAGACAAUUCCGGACCAAGUCGGCUUCGUCGAGUUCAAGCUGGUGCAGCGUGUGCCGAAGGUUGUCGACUGGAUGUAUGAGAACUUCAUCAUCUCCGACGAGUUUAGCUAUCUGGAAAAUGAGCCGGAGCGGCUGGAUUUGAAAUUCGUGAGCCUGCAGCCAAAGUUGGGCACCGCCCUCCGGUUGAUAUACGAUAGUCCACAGCAGACUUUCCGGAUCGAGCACUCGGAAAUGGAGACCGCCGGCGCUAUCAUACAGUCGUUGGCAGAUUAUUUUCAGCUCCCAAAUUUGACUUCGCACGCCGUAUUUCCAACCGAAUUCGGCGAGUUAUCCUCUAUCAUGGGUGAGCUUGAAGCAAUCUAUGAGGCGAAAGAGAAGCUGAGUGCCGAGCUGAGUGAGGCACAGAGUAUUGUCAAGGAGACGCUGGUCAGGGCGGAAGAUGCCCUUCACUGCGACCAUGUCGCGGACUGUCGUCGUUACUAUGUUCGAGUGCGGAACAACGAUCGAGCGAUGCGACAGGCGAAUCAGCUACGCAUGGCCAAUCAGGAUCGCCUCGUCGCCAUCCUACGCCGUCUGAAUAAGCUCGUUGAGCUGGCGGCCAAGCUUCGAGUCGGGGAAGCAUCGCGCCAGGUGAUCACACUAUGCCGACAGGCGCUCAACGACGAGAACGAGACGAUCAUGUCGAAGCUGUUCGAGUUUGGGGCU